GUCUUAGGCAGCGCCAUGGCUCGGGAGAACGGAGACACCAGCGUGGGGGAGACUUGGAAGAAGCAGGUCGACGACAUCAAGAAGAUGUUCGAUUUGAAGGAAGUCCUCGGGACAGGAGCCUUUUCCGAGGUGGUCUUGGCCCAGGAGAAACUGACGGGUCGCAUGUUUGCGGUGAAGUGCAUUCCGAAAAAGGCCCUCAAGGGGAAAGAGAGCAGCAUCGAGAACGAGAUCGCCGUGCUGAGGAAGAUUAAGCAUGAAAAUAUCGUGGCACUGGAGGACAUCUACGAGAGUCCGGAUCAUCUCUAUCUCAUUAUGCAACUGGUGUCCGGCGGGGAGCUCUUUGACCGAAUCGUCGAAAAAGGCUUCUACACCGAGAAAGAUGCCAGCACACUCAUCCGACAAGUCCUGGACGCUGUGAACUAUCUACACAACAUGGGCAUCGUGCACCGAGACCUGAAGCCGGAGAACCUGCUGUACUUUAAUCCCCAUGACGGUUCGAAGAUCAUGAUCAGUGACUUUGGUCUUUCCAAGAUGGAGGGCAGCGGCAAUGUCAUGUCCACUGCCUGCGGGACACCAGGAUACGUCGCACCCGAAGUGCUCGCUCAGAAGCCGUACAGCAAGGCGGUGGACUGCUGGUCUAUUGGAGUGAUCGCCUAUAUUCUGCUGUGUGGGUAUCCCCCUUUUUACGACGAGAACGACUCCAAGCUGUUUGAACAAAUCCUCAAAGCCGACUACGAGUUUGACGCGCCGUACUGGGAUGACAUAUCCGACUCCGCCAAGGAUUUCAUCGGCAACCUCAUGGAAAAAGAUCCAGCCAAGCGGUUCACCUGCGAACAGGCUCUCAGACAUCCCUGGAUCGCCGGAGAUACAGCUCUCUGCAAGAACAUCCACGAGUCCGUCAGCCGGCAAAUUAGGAAAAACUUUGCCAAGAGCAAAUGGAGGCAAGCGUUCAAUGCCACAGUGGUGGUUCGCCACAUGAGGCGGUUGCAACUUGGCAGCAGCAUGGCGGGCAGCAUGGACGCUUCCAACCCCCCCGCCAGGACGAGCCAGAAGCUGCCACAAGGUCCCAGCCAGGCGGACCGGAACAGGCCGGCUCCCGUCCAGAACGCCGGCUCGGCCGCCAACCAGACUUCGUCUUUUGACAACUUAGCAGGGCCGCGCAAGGAGUGUGUCGCCGCGCCAGCCACUCCCUGCAGCCUGGCCUCCGCAGCCGCUUCCCCGGCGCCGGGGGGCGAGCUGAGCCGACCGCACCCCUCGGCGGUGCCCGCCCCUGUGCUGGCGGAGACCAAGUGACGCCAGGUGUCGCGGGGGACCAGCUGGGAGGCCACGGCGCUGUGAGGCGGGAGGACGCCAGGAGAGGACGUUCGACCCCCUUCGUCCGUUCACUGAACUUCUUCAUGGAAAUGUGCCCCCAACCACCCACCCACAAUGUCCUCCUCCUUCCCCUCAGCUGGUUCCUCGCCCUGCUCCGAGACGAGCAGAGGACCUUCACCCGGCCGACCCCCCCCCCGCCGCUCCCAACUAGGAUCCAGCCGCACAACAUCACAGACUCCGGCUGAGCAUGUUUGUGAGUUGCCUGGCGCUGAAUCACAUGAAUCCGUAUCAACGUCCGUGCUGAAUCUCGUCUCUCCUUCACCAAUCUAAUUAACUCGGUUUGUUUUUUCUUUUCAACUUGGGAUUGACUGUUGGCAACUGGAAUGUUUUCAUUCAUUUUUUUCCUCCCACUCUUCUACUUCAAGGUGGUAUGUGUCUGUGUGUAUGUGUGUGUGUGUGCGUGUUUUUUUUUUCUCAAAAGGCCAUCGCUGUCAAAUAUUCGCCGGAGGAUUUCUCGAAACAAAAGACCACGAUCAAGGCGAUCGUUCGCCACUACCUCAUGCUCAUUACCCGGCUUUCGAAGCAAAAAGCUUCUACGUAAUUGGAAUCCGGGUGGUUUCCCAUCAUGCACUGCUGGAUUUUUGCGCUUCGUCCUGGCAUCCCUCCAUAUUUGCUUUUAAUAAUCCCUGCUCGUGUUGCGCAACAAGUUGACAGUAUUUCAUUCAUCGUUUAAAAUGCAACAUGUAGCACCUUUAAAAAAAAAAAUUCCCUUUGGCGUUCGUCCGUCCAUGUGAGUUUUUGCUUCAAAAAGUGCUUUAAAAGAACCUCGUGACUGUUGAGAGAGGAAAUGUAGAAGUUAGUGCUGUGUGUGUUUUGCAUAGCAAGGGUAAAGAUAACAGAUGCAUGUAUGACGCCACCCACCGACAUUUAUCAAACAGGAAAAAGAGAUUGUAUUGAACAUUCUACCGGUACUACUACUAAUUCUUUUUUUAAAAAGACGAAUGUUGCUUUAAAAUUAGUUUCUGAAUGUUGCCCUUGAAUGGAGUCAAAGUGAAACACUCAGAAAUGUAAACUGCGUUGGCAAAAGUGCUCAGACACUCAACAACCCCCCCCCCCAAACAAAAAACAAAAAAAAUCCACUCAAAUUAAAAUUAACUGAAUUUUAAAAACAACUGUCAAAUGAACAAAAGAAUAAAACAUAUAAUGAAAAAUGCCAUAUUAUUAUAACCUUGCUUUGGACUUGAAUUUCUUCCAUUUGUGACGACGAAGGUGCCCCGAUACUUUUUGUCCGUAUCACGUCACAUUGUAGAGCGUUUGCGAUGCCCCGCUCCUCCCCCGUUUUCCCACAUGGUUCUCGCACUUCUCGUUUUUGCCUUUAGCUUGUCCAAAUUUGAACAUUCUCUCUCUCUCUCGAAGCCAUGAUGUCGCCGCCGCGCCGUUGAGCUGCACCCAGUUCAGUUGUGCUCAGGGAAAACUGCGCCCGCUCUGUGCGCCGGCGACCCGCCAUUUUAGUUUCACUUUCACUCCUGAAGCCAGUUUGGCUCAAGUACAGUUUGGGUCACUUUAGCAUGGUAUGAUUUUUCAAACUUUUUAAAAAAAUCCAAUGGAAAUGGCAGUCCACCUCAGUCGCAAACACAAUGUUAAGAUACCUGACAGAUUUGAUGUGACAUUCUGAACUGCAUUCUGCUGAGCUGAGUUUGGUGGCUCAGGUGCGUUAUGCUGCGUUCAAAGACUGCUGGCAAAUCGGAAAUACCGCAUUCCCAACUUACCAGUCUUUUCGAACGUGGCCUUUUAAAUUUUUUGUCGAAUGUGUCAACGGUUACAAUGGCCUCUGUUUUUGUGGCCAAAGCUGAGCGGGCGCGAUGUCGGCACACAUAUCAGAUUGUCAUUCGAUGUUAUCCCUUUAUCGUGAAUAUGUAGCCAAAGACCAGAGCGAGGAAUAUUAUGGGAAUUCCCACACGGGCUUUGGCAGAAAAAGACGAGAAAAGUAUGAUACUUUGAUAGAUUUUGUAUGAUUUUAUAUGGUUGGGUUUUUUUCUUUUUGGGAGGGGUUAGCUGCCAUCUUUGCUUGGGUGCGUUUUAUCUCCUCUCCCGAGAGUCCGUCUACCGAAUGUCUAAAUCUUACAGUCCAUCCAUUUUGAAUGAUUGUGUUCUGAUUUUUAUUUUAUUUUUUUGGAUGGCGCUGACAUGCUUUGUGUUGCUUGCCAUGGUUGUAUUUAUGCACAUGUUAUGCGACGCCACAGCAUGGAGGACAACCUGUAUAUUCCCAGAAGCUUGAAACUGAACCGACUUUGUCCUGUGCACCCCCCUGGUUAUUUCAGUCUGUCUUUAGAUGCAUGUUGUCUUAGUGGACUAUCUUAACAAGAUUUGUGUGUGUAUAUACAGUAUAUAUAUAUUUUUUAAUUCAUUUUAAAUAUGUGUGUGUCAGUUAAUUAUGACCUUGAAUCUCCACGGUUUAUUAUUCUAUCCCAAAACAAACAAACAAAAAAAAAAGCGCCGCUUUUAGCAUUUUCUCAGAGGAAACGAAGCGUCAUAAACAAAAAAUGUUUUUACAUAAGGGCUUAAUCUGAUUUGAUUAUUAAUGAUGACCCUGUUGGCUGUACAUAGUGAGAUGGAUUGCUAUGCAUUUUCCAAAUUCAGUUGGGUGCGUGAGGAGUGACAAAUCCAGAAAAGUAUAUUUAAGCGAAUGUAGUACCAGUAAUUCAUGUACAUUUUUUUUCUAUACGAAAGAAAUUAAAUCUGAUUGAAUGUGCAGUACUGCGGGCGGAGACUUUCGUGAUCAUACUCCUCUGGGCUUCGGUGUUUUUGAUUCAUAGUCUUUUCAAAUACUUGUGUGCAUUACUUGUGAAUAUACCGUAUUGGCCCGAAUAUAAGAUGGUGUUUUUUGCAUUGAAAUAAGACUGAAAAAGUGGGGGUCGUCUUAUAUUCGGGGUCUAGACAUUAUACCCAUUCACGACGCUAGAUGGCGCCAGAUAUCAUUGAAGCGAAUGCUGAACUUGACUCCCCAGGCCAAAGUGAACCCCUGUCACGAAGAAUAAAAAUAA